AUGGACACAAAAAAAUUGAUUUCUCUUCUUGAGAAUGAAAAAACAUGGAAGGAUACCAAUGUUUACAAAAAGCUACUUUAAAAUGAAGAUCCUAGUUUAAAUAUUGAAGAGUUUAUUGAAACUUUAAAUAAAAUUAUUAAUGACAAAAAGUAGAAACCAAUUGUUAGAUUAGGUGCUUUAAGAUUAGUCAAAUCUUGUAUAGAAGCUGGUAACGAUUUUUUUAACCUUAUUUUAGCUGAGAACUAAUUACUCCGUUCCUUCAUCGAUUAUGCUAAAAUAAAACCAAACACAAAUAUAUUUUCAUCAAAGCCAGAUAUGAGAGAACAAUAAAUAUCAGUUACUUUCUAUACUUACAUAGUAGAAGGUUUCUUGUUCUGGUCUUAAUGGUUCCCUGAAAGCAAAUACAAAGAAUAUUACGAUUAGUUAAAGAAGGCAGGAAUUAAAUUUCCAGAUAUUAGCAAUGUGAAACUCUUCAAGACAUAACAGAUAGGAUUAUAUAUAAAUGGUUAAAUACAGAAAGCUGGAGGUGAUGAUGCAGGAAAUUAACAGAAAAUACAAUAGUCUUAGACAGGUAGUAAAAAUUAGUAGUAAUAGCAAUCAAUCAAAUAAAGCUAAACACCCACUUAGGGAGGUCCAUCAAACAAAAAAAUAUCUACUCAGGAAAUAGAAAAUUAAGUUUUAGAAUAUGAAGGAUUUGUAGAAAUUUUAUUGGAUACACUGAAGAAUAAUGAUGAACAAGCUGAUUUGCUAAUGUUUACUGAAUAAUUUAAUCAAUUUUCUAAAUUUUUGGAUAACGUGUUCAAGUAGAAUAAUGAUUUCGAUGAUAAGUAUUAUGAAUAGCUUCUAGAUAAAGCAGAGUAAUGCAAUGAAUUAUAUUCCUUAAUUGAACAAAAUUAAGCAGCUUAAAUCAAUUACUAAUAGCUUAAAAAUAUUAUUCUUUAAUAGCUUGGUGGUAAUAAUAAUUAGCAUGCAUAAUAACAAAACGAAAACUAAAAACAUUUGAAAGAGUAAGAAGAGUUUUUAAAGCAAUAAUAAGAAGAAUAUGAGCGCUAAUAAGAACACGAAAGAUAACAAUAGGAACUUGAAAAUUAAAGAAUACAAGAGGAAGAGAGAUAAUAAAGAGAGUUAGAGGAAAAAAGAAAGCAAUAAGAGUUAGAAGAAGCAAAAAGGCAAGAAGAAAGGUAAAGAUAGGAGGAGUUAAUGAGAUAGAAAAAAAUCUAGGAAGAAGAAGAAAAAAGAUAGUAAGAAAUUAAGCGUUAGAAAGAGUAGGAAGAACAAUAAAGAUAAUAGCAACUUCAGCGCUAAAAAGAAGAGGAGCAAGCAAGGUAAAGAGCAAUUGAAGAAGAAAGAUAAAAGAAGCUAUUAGAACAAUAAUAGUAAUAAUAAUAACAAGAAGAAAUCCGUCGUAUGUAAGAAGCACAGAAGAAGAGUUAGAUGAUGCAUAACCAUAAUAUUCCUGAGGACUAAGGAGAGUAUGAAGAUGAAGAAGAAAGAAAAAGCUAGCAAAAUAUGAAAGGCCUUAAUCAAUCAAAGGCAGGAUAAGUUCCUGCAUAAGGAUUAUAUAACACCCCUGAGAUGAUUCAAUUAAAAAAUUAAAAUAUAAAUCCAGAGUAAGCUAUGUCAAAAUAUAUGGGAAAUCAUCCUUCAAAUAUCCAAUAAAAACAUAAUUAGUAAUCGGACUCUAAAGGUUAAUUUGGAAUGAAUGCAAAUCAAAAUCCAGACUAAUUAAUGGGAUUUGACUAAGACGAUGAUUUCUUGUAUGAUAGUGAUAUCAAAUAGAAAAAAGUCCCGAGCUAGUCUUCAUUUCCUUAAGCAAACCAAAAUCAAAAUUCUUAGCUGAAAUAAUAAAAUAUUUCUUAAUUACCACAACUUUAAGCUAAACCUUAAAUUUCAAAUAUCUCAUAGAACUCUUAAAUGAGGACUUCUGAUGCAGGUGGAGAUUAAUUCAAUAAUCAACCUUACUCUUCAAUGGGACAAUCUAAAAAAAAUCCAUUCACUAAUCAGCCUUCUUCAAUGCCAUCUAAUCAGUAAGGUGCUCCUCACUAACCAAAAAGCCAUGGAGGAUACUUUGGAGAUGAAGAAUUUUAUGAACCUCAAGGUAUUCAGCUGAAUUAAUCAAAACCACCUCAAUCAAAUUAAAUCUAAUUCUAAGGAAACCAGCAACAAUAGCAAACCUUUAAAGAUAGUUAAAGAGUUGAUUUUGAUGUCAGCUAAAAUCUAGAUGAUGAAGAUGAUGAUGAGGAAGAGUCUAAACAUAACACAAGAAAAAAAGCAUAAAAUAAACCACAAUUAAAUUCAAAAUUAGAGUAAAGUGAUAGUUUUGAUAAUGAGUUAACAAACGAAAUAUCCAAAAAAAAUUAAAUUUAGCACAUAAAUAGUUCAAUAGCUCCAAAAUCAAAACCAAAAGAAGAAUCAUCAUCACAAAGGAUUCCAGCAAAUCCAAAUUUAAUUUCGCCGUAAUAUGCAAACUCUAUAAAUUUACCAUUUACGAAGUUAGAGUAAAAUAAAACCUUAUAGGCCUAUCCUUUUAACAACAAUAGAAACAACAUUCCUUCUGGAUUUGAACAAGUAGCGCUAAGUCAAGGACCUACUCUUAAAAGCUAGAUUCAUUAGUCUUCAGAUUUCUAAAAUUCCUAAAUCAGAGAUAAUCAUGAUAAUUUGAAUCAAUCCAGAUUUAUGCAAGCUCUCAAUAACUAAGAUGAACGAAGCCACAUCCAAAACACUCAAGAAGAUAGAAUGCCUAGUUAACAUUCGUUUUAAGAUGGAAGAAAAGUACCCAUUUUCAGCAAAGAUAAAUAAUUAUCAGGAGAAUUAUCCUAACUAAGAUAUUAGAUAAAUGAAGUAAGAAGAGAAAAAGAAAUUGAAAUAUCUAAACUUUAAUCACAGAUCACUUAACUAAGUAUAAAAAACAGAGAUCUUGAAUAAAAAUUAGUAUAAAAAAAUUCUGAAGAAGGCUAAUUCAAUCGUAUUGCUAAUUAAGAAAAGCUAGAGAUGGAAAGAAGACUUUAAGAAAAAGACAAAACUAUUUUCUAAUAAAAAUAGUUUAUAGAAUAAUAAUCCAAAGAUUUAGAAUAAUAAAGAUCUAUAAUUAAAUAAUAUGAGUAAUAAAAAACUGAGUAGUAGCAGAUACUCCUUGAUAAAAAGAAGGCGAUGGAAGAUGAGAAUUAAAAAACACGUUAAUAAUUACAAGACUACAUUAACACAACUUAGAAGUCCUACAAUAAUCACAUAGACUAAAUGUAAAAGAGUUUAAAUUAGUUGGAAGAUGAAGCUUUAAAAUAUUAACAAGAACUAACUCAAAGAGAGCUUGAAAAUUAAGAAUUAAGAAAUGAAUUGAGACUGCUAAAGAGCAAAGAAUCUAAUUUCAACCAAAAUUACAUCAGAGAAAAGGAUAGCAAAAUUUAAGAACUUCGUUCUAAGAUAGAGGUACUUGGGAAAGAGCUAGAAUAUAAAGAUGAUAAAAUCAAGGACCUUUAAUAAGAACAACUUUCUCUUAAAAAAGCUAUUGAUGAUAUUAAAGAAGAUUUUACAAUGACUGAAUCAUAAAUCUAGAUAUACAAAGAAAACAUUGUUUAAAAGGACAUAGAAAUAAACUAAAUCAAAUAAACUGUUUUCGAAAAGGAGCAGUAAGUUUAUCAAAAAGAAUAAGUUAUACUUUAGCUUGAACACACCAUUUCAAAGAAAAAGGAAAUCAUAGAUUAAUUCAAAGGAUCUUCUGAGAGCUAAAUAAAAAAAUUCCAUGAUAGAAUUGAUGAGUAAGAGCAAGAGAUAAAGGACCUUCAGAGAGAAAAAGCUGACCUCGAGAACAGAAUUGACAGUUUAGGAAUACAACACAGAGAAGAUAUAGAUAGAAUUAUUUAAGCAAGUAAAUUAAGCGAGGAAGAGAAAAAACUCUACAAAGAGAUGAUGGAAUAAAAUGAAAGAAUGAAAAAGGAGGUCUAAAUGUUUUCACUCAAAGAAUAAAAUUUACAGGCUUAAGUAAACUAAAUGUAGAAGACUAUCUCUCACUUAAAGAAAGAAAACGAGAUGCAGGAAUAAAAUAUGGAAGAUUUAGUCUUAGCUAAUAAUUUGAUUACAAAAAAAUUAUAUGAGAAAGAUGAGCAAUUUGUUAAAGAAUAGGAUAUGAAGAAUAGGGAAUUGGAGCUUAAGGAAAAGAAAUACAAUACAGAACUUAAGUAUACUCGUCAGGCCAUGGAAACACUUAAAUUAGAAAAGCAAAGAAGAGAGACUGAUUUGUCAAGGAAUUUAGAAACUCUUCGUAAGGAAAACGAAUUGCUUUUAAACAACUUGAAGACUAAAACAUUUUUAUCUCCUGAUCGUCAAUCUCGUUCUUAAAUAUUUAGUCCUAUGGUUAAGUACGAACCUGAUUACAACGAAAUGGAUAGAGUUACUAAUACUAACAGCUUGUAAGAAAAGGCUACUGCAGAUAGACUUCUUUACAGAAGCGAAGACAACUUAUAAGGGAUGAUGGGAGCUCAAUACUAACAAAACAAUGCCACCUAAUUUGUGUCUCCAAGAAAAGUUUACGAACAAUACUUAAGUCCUGAUGAGAUGUAUUCUUAAAAUUAAUAUAAUACGAAUUAUCAAAAUAAUGUUCCAUCACUUAAUUAGUCAACUCAUAGCUUAAAACCUAAAAAGUAAUAUCCUAAAAACUUUAUGGGUAAAGAAAUCAACUACAAUCCCACUUACUUCUCUUAUUUAUCAGGGGAUAAGAGCUAGAUGUAUAGAUUUAAAAAGAGUUGUCUAAAAAAUAAAAUGGCUAUAUAUCAAGAUAAUUACCUUAAUGUAGGUUUAAUAACAGAAACCAAAGAUAUAGAUGGCAAGAUAUUUUUACUAAUUUCAAUUUUCUAUGAAAACAAAUCUUUAAAUUCCUAAAUGCAAAAUGUUUAAAUUAAUUAUGAAGGAGAUUAAUCAAUUACUGUUUAUAAGAAACCCAAUGCAUUAUCUGAAGUAUUUAAAGAAAAUUCUUAACAUCAAUAAUAGAUCAUAACUGAAUUUAAUGAAAUGCCUUAUAAAAUAAUCCAGUGUACUGUUAAAUAUACAAUAAACGGAAAUCUCAAUCAAGCUAUAUUCCCUAUUCCUAACACAAUUAAUAAAUAUAUCAACCCUUCAGCUCAAAGCACUAUAGAAUCAAUAAACAGUGCUUAUCAAGAGUAUGCCCAUAUCAUGAUACGCUCUGAAGAGAUUAAUGUUGAUAAAAAUAUAGCUAGCAGCUAAUAUGAUUACACUAAUUAUUUCCCAAGUUUCUUAAAUCUAGGCAAUGUUGAUGGUUUGCAAGAUUAUUAAUGCAUAGGUGGCUAAUUGUAUCUCAAAAAUAUUGACACAAAUGUUUGGGUCAAGAUAAAUUACAAUAAGAAAGACCAUAAAGCAAUUUUCUAAAUGGUAUAUGACAAUGUAGUAGAAGAUUAUACCUAAAAUAUGGUUAAGUAUCUUCUUCAAACAUUUAUGAUGAUAUUUAAAGAGUGA